AAUAUCAGAAUUCCAUUGAUUAUUCUUCAAUGUUGCUAUGAAGUCAAUAAAAUAAUGAGGUAUCCUUGUCUUUCAACUCUUAAGCUUCUUCUUCCUGCUUUGGUUGUCCAGUAGAGAUUGUGCUUGUAUGGAAGUCCUCUUACAUUUGUUAGCCAGACAAACGGCAUAAUCUCUCUUUGUUUUAUGAGAUAUUCUCCUCCAGUUCCAAAACCAAGGGUUUCUAAUGAUUCUCUUGUCAAAGAAUACCACAAUGCACGGUUAGAAGCUAUAAAUGCCAAAGAGAGAGGUGACAAGAAAGGCCAACAACAAGCAAGCCAAAUUAUUCGCAAGCUCAAGCAAGAGAUUUCUGCCCUAGGACUAUCAGAUGAAAUCUUGGCAUCAGGGCAUGAUAGUUCUUCCUUUAGUGCAUCUGACGAUGCAUUUCAUAGCUUCAUACCUUCCAAGCACCCUGAAACUCUUGCUUUGUGCAAUGAAGAAGGUGACAUGGCAUCUGUUCUACCUGCAGUUGAAUCAAAAGUAAAUGGAAAGGGUCUCACAUUACUGGACCUUUCACCUGAACAAAGUCCUGUCAGUGUUCCUGCCCCGGCUUUGGAAGAGGAAUCUGGGGAUGUAGAGCUUGGGAGUUUCUUUUUAGAAGAUGUCUUGCCGGGUGACGUUUUGCCUCCUGAAGUUGUGGAAUUACAAAAGAAAGAGAAGAUGAGAGAAUUGGCCAGUGGCAAGAAUUUAGAGAAACUAGAAGGCAUCUGGAAGAAGGGGGACCCACAAAGGAUUCCUAAAGCUGUUCUUCAACAGUUGUGUCAAAAAUCAGGCUGGGAAGCACCAAAAUAUAAUAAAGUUCUUGGGAAAGAAAAUAAUUCUAGUUAUGCUAUUAGCAUACUACGUAAAGCUAGUGGGAGGGGCAAGAGCAGAAAAGCUGGAGGGCUAGUUACUCUUCAGCUUCCUAGUCAGGAUGAAACUUCUGAAUCUGCUGAGGUACAGAUUUGACCUCAUUCCUUUACA